CUGGGUCAAGUGGGAGGAAUGAGGAAUGUAGUAUAGAUGAACCUGCCCCUUUUAACGGCUAAAAGGUCACACUGUUAUCUUAGCUUUGGCUCUCCAUCUUCCCCAAAUUCCACUGCUGCGGCUGCCUGUCUGCCGUUUGCCACCAAUAUGAACCAUUGAACCAUUGAUUGACCAUUUCCUUAUAAAACCCUUUCAUUUUGUAAUUGUAUGUUUUUUAAUUACAUCAAUACCUUUGUUGAAAGCUACCCUUUUCAAUGGCGGCUCUAAAUCAUCUUCAAUCACCAUCAUUUCAUCAUUUCACUGCUCAUCAGCAAAAACCCAGAAAUUUUCAUACUCAAAUUUGCAUUAAUUACAGGCAUAUUCAAUGUUCUAGCUCUUCACCCUUCACAGAGAAGAAUUCAGUUGAAAGAUAUCAAAGGGAGAAUUGGGUUUAUCCUGUUAUAUCCCAAUUUUCACUAUCUCAAUCUCAAGACCAUUCUUCUCAAUCAUCAUCUUCGCCGCCGCCACGUUCUGAGAGUAGAAGAGAACAUGACAUUGAUUUGCAGAUUCCUGAACUCAAGAAGCUGCUAGAAGUAUUGAGAGAAAAGAGGGGUCCUAAUGUUGAUGAUAGUAGUGGGGUUGGAAAUGUGUUUUUGGUGGGAACAGGUCCAGGUGAUCCUGAUCUUCUGACUCUGAAAGCCCUGAAAAUCAUUCAAUCUGCUGAUCUUUUACUGUAUGAUCGCCUUGUUUCGAAUGAUGUGUUGGAUUUGGUUGGUGACAAUGCUAGGCUUCUUUAUGUUGGGAAGACUGCUGGGUAUCAUAGUAGGACUCAGGAGGAGAUUCAUCAGCUGCUGUUGAGUUUUGCUGAAGCUGGUGCUAAUGUUGUUAGACUUAAAGGCGGAGAUCCUCUUAUUUUCGGGCGUGGUGGUGAAGAGAUGGAUUUCUUGCAGCAGAAGGGGAUUCAAGUCAAAGUUGUUCCUGGUAUAACUGCUGCUUCAGGUAUAUCAGCAGAGUUGGGAAUACCAUUAACUCACCGAGGCAUCGCUACCAGUGUUAGAUAUCUCACUGGACAUUCUAGAAAUGGGGGAACUGAUCCAUUGUAUGUAGCAGAGAAUGCUGCUGACCCUGAUUGUACCCUAGUGGUAUAUAUGGGUUUGGCAACCCUUCCUGCUCUCGCCCAGAAAUUGGUGCAACAUGGCUUGCCUAGUGAUACUCCUGCCGUUGCAGUGGAAAGAGGGACAACUGCUCAACAGCGGUUGGUAUUUGCAAAGUUGGAGGAUCUUGCUGAUAAAAUCAAAUGUACUGGACUGGUAUCCCCUACACUCAUAAUUAUUGGGAAGGUUGUUACUCUAUCACCAUUGUGGAUGCAAUCCUGUGAAGGACCAACUGAACUUGUGGAGGCACAAUAGAAACCAACGCUUGGCUUUUUGGGAAAAUUUUCUGUGCAUUCUGGAUAUUCAUUCUGGUUUCUGAAUAUCCAGGAAGACCACUGAAGAAGCGACAACAAUUACUGGUUGGUGGUAAAUGCCUACUGAAGCUGGAAGCUGGUGUUUAGUUAGCACCUCCUAUGCUAGCCAAGUAGUAAAUACAGUGGUGUUUGGUAUCCAGAAUUGCCUGUGAUCAAUAAGGCGUCCAUGGCUCUAUGCAAUCAUGCUGACAAAGUAGCUCGGCUUGGAGACUUGAAAGCUUUUGCUUGGGCUGUCCCCGCUAGCUAAACUUUUGAAUCAAUGUUUUAGUGAAAUGGAGGCAUUUAGAAUGUUCAAGUGUAUUAAAUAUAAAGUGAGACAUGUCACAUGUUUCUAUCAAUACAUUUCUUGAAGACAUUAAAGCUAAGGUGACUACAAUAUUGUAGAAUUUUUGAAGAAA